AAGUUAUGACACUGGGAUAUAUGAAAGAUGAAAUAGGCCUACAUGUAAUUAAUGCUAUGUUGAACAUACCUAUGGUAUGGAAGGCUGAGUCCGCCAAAAUUAUGACAGGUCAAAUGUCAGUCACGCCAGGUGGAUUACUGUUGUUUAUAUACUUUUUGAACAGGUUCUGUGGACAAACGCUCCCUGACGACCUGUCGUUCACUGAAGACGUCGUUGUGGAAUUCACCACGGACAAUGUCUACGAAUGGACAGGUUUUGCGCUCAAUUAUGUGGUACUCGAGUCAGAAGCUGAUGAUUGGAAUGAAUGGUCUGAAUGGUCCGAGUGUUCGGCGACUUGCGGUACAGGGAGUAUAUCACGUACGAGAACUUGUUCCGGUUCAUACUGCCUAGGCCUUGGCUUACAGGAGACAUCAUGUGGUGAUUUGUCACCGUGCGAAAACCGAUGUGAACCUGCAAUGACUCACACACAAAACUCAAAUGGUGGAAGAAUUAAGUCGCCAGGUUACCCAUUCCAGUACCCGAAGAAAUAUUUCAUCAAUAGAAAAGUAUAUUGUAAUAUCACGAUCGAUGUUCCAGCCGAUAAGAGCGUCACGUUCUCCUUCAACGAUCUUGAUUUCACGUGCUGCGAUUAUGAUUGCAUCUUUGAUAGACUGGUAUUCAUCUAUGAUAAUGAGAAGACCAAGGUGUGUCGUAACGAUGUGUCAACGACUUUGGAGUACGGUAGUGGGACUGUCACUGUUAUAUUUAGAACCGUCAAUAGAGACUACGGAGGCAUAUACAGCAGAGGCUUCGAUAUGCUGUAUACUUUUGAGUAAACUAUCUAUGAUGAACUAUGGAAACGACAAAAUCGGAUGAUAAUCUGUAUAGCCAAUGCAACGAGAAUUAUCACACUUAAGAAAUUAACAUAAUAUUAAUAGAGUAGAUAAUUUGAAUAGUGAGAUAAUAAGAAUGUUAAUUAAACGCCAGCAAUGUUAUUACACGCCUAUUAGCUUAUAUAUAUUCCUUGCGAUUGCGUCAAUGCGAGCUCUAUUAAAUUUAAUCUGAAAUUCAUUUUUACCCCAAACGCUAGCAAUGUUAUUACACGCCUACUGGCUUAUAUAUAUUCCUUGCGAUUGCGUCAAUGCGAUCUCUAUUAAAUUUAAUCUGAAAUCCAUGUUUACCCCAAACGCCAGCAAUGUUAUUACACGCCUAUUAGCUUAUAUAUAUUCCUUGCGAUUGCGUCAAUGCGAGCUCUAUUAAAUUUAAUCUGAAAUUCAUUUUUACCCCAAACGCUAGCAAUGUUAUUACACGCCUAGUAGCUUAUAUGUUCCUUGCGAUUGCAUCAAUGCCAGAUCUAUUAAAUUUUAUCUGAAAUUUUAAUGUUUACACCAAACGCCAGCAAUGUUAUUACAAGGCCCACUAGUAUUCCUAAUACUCGCGUCAAUGCGAGCUCUAUCAAAUUCAACUGAAAAUAUCAGUGAUUGCCCAUAUAUAGAUAUGAUAUUGCAUGAUCAUUCCCGUAUACAUAAAUGUGAUAUAACAACAACUUGCCCAUAUAAUGGGUCACAUAAAAUAGGACUUAAAUUGCUAAAAUAGAACCAAGCGAAGAAGACGACUAGUGCGCUUCCAAUACACUACGUUUGAGCAUAGAGCAAAGAAACAGAUUGAGCUACUUAGAGAACAGUAUUUUAAUUAAACUCAAGUUACGAGACUCCAAAUAGCACAUUGUUGUUUAGAGAAGUGUACUGUAGGCCUACAUUUGAAAUUUACUUUGGGAAUUCUAAAUACAUUGUAAUAAUUAGGUGAUGGUAACUAUUAAAGCUACAAUAGAGAAAUAAAGCAAUGCAUGAGAAAAGCAA